GUCUGUCCGCCUGCCCCUCCUCCUCUCUCGCCAUCCCGGGCACCCCUCUGCAGCCGCAGGCCGGCCCCUCCCUGUGCGCCCAGCGCCUCCUGCUCUGUCUCUCCAUCCCUCCCUCCUGUCCCUGGGCCCCCCCGCUCUGCCCCUCCCUCUCUCCCCCCUUCCUCUCCCCUCUCUCCCUCCGGCCAUCGGAGUGCCAGUCCGCCCUGCUGGCCCUGGCCCUCAUCCUGGUCUCCAGAAAUGUGGCAUCAGAGCUUUGGACUUCUAGGAAAAUCCUACACCCAUGACACAACAGGUUCCUUUCUGUUGGGGAAGUGGCUCCACGUACCCCUGUACUCGGUGCCUCUGUGUAGUGCUGUGGUGGAUGUUGCUAUCCAGGAUUAUGUGGCUGACGUGGCCUCCGAACUCAUCUACCAGAACAGGAGUCAGAUCUCCACAGAAGUCGUUUUUGUCUUCCCUCUGGUCUCCCACAUAUCCAUCUACUCCUUCCAGGCCUGCAGUGAGGAUGCCAAGGUCCAGGCCCUGCUGCGGGAUGAGGCCCAGCAGCUGCACGAGGCUACAGGGAGCUGGGAGAAUCUGGAAUACCUUCAGAAACAGUCUGAUUGCCCAGGCAAGGUGUUUGCCUGCUUCCUGGGCACCCUGUCCCCUGGCAGGGAGAUGGUUGUGACCUUGCGCUAUGUCCAAGAGCUGCCACGGAAGCCAGAUGGAGCAGCCCAUUUUGUGCUGGCACCCACAUUGCAUCCCCACACACAUCUCUAUGUCUGCAAUUGUCUCACUGGCAAGCUGCCCUACAGCCUGCUGCUCACCGCUAGCCUGCAGUCCCCCCGUGGAGUGGCCAAUGUCCAGGCCAACUUCUCCCUCACCCCUUUGCUCUACACUGCCCAGGACCGCAGCACGGCACAGGUCUCGCUGGCUGGCAGCCCCCCAGAUGACAAGGAUUUGGAGCUGCUGGUGUAUUUUGGAGAGCCCACAGCAGUCAGUGCUGUGGUGGAGAAGGGAGACCCCGCAGCACCUCCAGGUUCUCUGCUCGGUGACCCCAUGGUGUUGGUGACGCUGGCACCCAGCAUCCCUGAGGCAGUGCCUGGGCAGCGCCAAUCUGGAGAGUUCAUCUUCCUCCCGGACACCACUUUUCUUGAGCAUGCUCAGGACUCCUUGCUCUUCCUUCUCAAAUGCCUGCCCCUGGGCUGCUACUUCAACAUCUACUGCUAUGGAGCAACCUCUGGGGGCAUCUACCCGCAAAGUGUUGAAUAUACUCAGGACAACCUGACCGAGGCCAUGCGGCGCAUCGCCCCCACCGGUCCCAGCCUGGGUGACACCGAUCUGCUGGAAACCCUCCGCUCAGUCUACAAUACCCCUUGCCCCCGCGGGCACACACGCCAGCUCUUCAUCUUCAUGGCCACGCUACCCCUUGACAAGGAAGCCAUCGUUGCUGAGGUCUGCCGUCACCGCAACAGCCACCGGUGUUUCUCCUUCUGCUUUUCUGAGGACAGCGCUGCCCUGGCUACAGCCCUGGCCAGGGAGACAGGGGGUGAAGCGACCUACGUCUCCUCUGACAACACUGUGAUGGCUGCGGUGCUGAAGUUCCUGAAGAAGGCUCUCAAGCCAGCAGCUGCGGGAGUCUCUCUGAGCUGGACCCUGCCCCGUGGCCUGGAGGUUGAGGUGCUGGGCGGCACCCCUCAGUUCAUCUUUCAGGGUCAGCACAGCCUCCUCUAUGCCCAGAUCCAUGGACAGGCACAGGAUGCGACACUGGCCAAGGGGGUCAUGACCUUGCAGUACAGCUUGGACAGCCAGGAUGUCACUCACACGAUCGAAUUCCCACUGUGCCCACAGGGAGAUGGCCGGCUGGCUGGGCACCGUCUGGCUGCGAAAUGCUUGCUGCAGAGGUUGUUGCCAGAGGCUGCAAGUGGGUCAAGCGAUGAGCCCAGGCGUCGUGCAGUUGAGAUCAGCCUCACUUCGGGGAUCAUCUGCCCCUUUACCAGCUAUGAAGGGGUUCGCACAUCACAGAGGGUCAGCUGGUACCAAGGGCCCCUGGCACUCUUGCCACCCCGCCAGUCACUCAUCCCCUGCCGGAUCAUUAAGCUUCGUGGCCUUUAUAACGCCUCUUGCUGCCAUCCUGUGACCAUCUGGGUCCCACCUGACUGGUGGCUUGCCCUCCAUCGACUCACUCAUGGCAUUGCUGCCCUGACCCAGCAGGGAGCUUCCUCAAAAGCAUGUAAACCACCACCACCACCUGUUUCUUCUCUCAGGAAUGUGGAUUACAGGGAUAUUUUUUGGUGCUCUCCAACUUUUGGGUCUUGGUACACCAAAGCCUUUGCUGAGUGCCAGGAGCUGGUGGCACUGCAGAAUGUAGAUGGUUCCUGGGCCCUCAGCUCAGGGCUGGCCUCUGUUCUGGAAAUUGAUGAGGCUGAAAUCAAGGGAAAGAUGCCUGGUGAGGCCACGGAGCCAAGCAUCUGGGCCACAGUGCUGGCUGUGACCUGGCUGCACAGAAACAACGAGUGUUACCAAGACCUCUGUGAGCUGCUGGAGGCCAAGGCUGUGACCUGGCUGUGCAGCCGAGCUGUGUCCCAGCUGGACAAGUGCCUGGAGGCUGCCAACACCCUCCUUGGGAGCAGCGUGAAGCCAAGUGUCUUCAGGCUCUGAGCUCAACCCAUGCCUUGUUCUAGAGACCCGCAGCACCUGCAGGUGCCAGAAAGUACAGCCUAAAUUCACCUACCGUGCUGGGAUACCAGUGUCGUUACCAGCUGGGAUCUUUCAUUACAGAUGAAUUCUCACUGCCUCUGUCUUAUACUGGUGGGCAGAACCUGUAUCAUGCUGAACUCCUCAAGAGAAAGGCUCUAGUUCAGAGCCUCCAGCGUGCUUGGUUUGGGGGGAAGUGGGAGUGGGAAGGAAAUAUCACAUUUCUCAGUGGUCACCCUUACCAAAUUCGGCUUUGGCAAAAUGGGCUCCAGGCCUCCACAAAGAUGGCGCUUGGGGACACGGUUUAGUGGUGGACGUGGUAGUGUUAGGUUAACAGUUGGGCUCAAUGAUCUUAGGGGGCUUUUCCAACCUAAACCAUUCUAGGAUUCUAUGGUUUCUAUCUUGACAAGAGAGCGCUGUGCACACUAGGAAAGAUGAGUCUUUAGAGGUGUCAACAGCAGGCGCAAUAGCUGUGGCUCCCAGUGAAGGACUCCUCUUGCAUCCCACUUACUGACCUCUUCACGUUACCCCAAAAGUCCAGGCUGUGUUGGGAACUCCCAUAUCUGCAUUGCCACGUAAACCAAUGGUUUUGGAAGCAAAAUUCUCAUCUACAUCAGACCCAGCCCAUCAUGUCCAAAAGAACUCGUGGGGCAGGAUUGCUUUGAAAACUAUCAGCACGUUGGAGGUGGAACUGCAGGAGCUUUUCAUUACCAAACCAGGCAUGCGGUGUACUCUCUCCUGUCCCAGGGCCCUGAAUUCAUGGGUUUCACUCCAUGUUGUCAAAGUCUCUGAUUCAUUUACCAAUAAACACUGAAUCUUCUG